AUGAUUCGAACGGCGAUUCGCGCAAGUGUUACAGUGUCAAUGAACUACAACGGACAUGCCUACUAUGUGCCACUACUCAUCGAGGAGAACUGGAACAUGGCGAAUGCAUUCUGUAAAAAUGGAAACAUGGGGAGUCUGGUUAUUAUUGAAGACGGCGAUGAGUUAAUUGCAGUCAAAAAUUUCUUACUUGAACAUCAACCCAGUGGCACAGCAGCGUGGGUUGGGUUGACGGAUACUGGGGAAUCAAACGUAUAUAGGACUGUUUAUGGUGGGAUUAUAACAUAUCUACCAUGGUAUGAAGCACCCAGUUAUCAGGAGGACAUAGAAGAUGCUCUGCAAAUGAUGACCGGGGAUUGUAUUUCUUUGGUGUUAGGGAAUCCUUGGGGUUAUCUACCAGUUUUUUGUCAAUACCCUCUAAUAUUUCUUUGUGAGAAGAAUAUUACCGAACCGACUACUACUUGGCCAUCAACACACGAUGUAACUUCUAUGAUGACUACACAAUUCGCACCAUCUGCAUCGGUAACACCCAUGGCAAGUAAUAGUAGUGAAGCUCCAGCUGAAUUAACAGAGAUUGCGACAACACCAAUAGUCGUUGAUUCUAAAUAUACGUCAACAGAACAAACGUUACUAUGCGCUAACGUGGACACAAUUAAUACUCCGGAUAUCUACAACUAUCAAUAUAUGCCAGGGGCUCCAGGAAUGACUCGUCUCGAGUUUGAGGUCAAAGCAAGCAAAAAUGUACACAUUGCUUUAUCAUCACAGUCAAACGAUUUGCCAAAUAUGUACGAAAUAGUGAUUGGUGGACUUGAAAACAGUCAGUCUUUUAUACGUCGUUCAAAACAAGGCGAGGAUUUGGCAAUUGCAAUUACACCUAAAAUGUUAUCCCCAUCUGAGUUCAGAGGAUUCUGGGUGACCUGGGACAAUGGCAUAAUCAAAGUUGGCAGGGCUGGAGAAACCGAACCGUUCAUGCAAAUGGAAGAUCCUAAUCCACUGACAAUAAAUUACAUUGGAUAUUCCACCGGUUGGGGAAGUACCGGAGUGUUCUAUGUCUGCACUGCAUAUGAAUGUGCUAACUGGGACAUACUUAAUACCCCGAAAACAUACAACUAUCAGUAUAUAACAGAUGCGUCAGGAACUACACGUCUAGAUUUUGAGGUCAAAGCAAACAACGACGUGCAUAUUGGUUUGUCAGCACAACAACACGAUUUAGCAACAAUGUACGCAAUAGUGAUUGGUGGAUUGGGAAACACACAGUCUUUUAUACGUCGUUCAAAACAAGGCUUAAAUAUGGUCAGCGAAUAUACACCCGACAUUCUGUCGCCAUCGGAGUUCAGAGGAUUCUGGGUGACAUGGCAUAAUGGUGUAAUCAAAGUUGGCAGAGCUGGGGAAUCCAAUCCGUUCAUGCAAUGGGAAGACCCGAAUCCACUGACAGUAAAUUAUAUUGGGUAUUCCACUGGCCCAGAAAGUAAAGGGGUUUUCAAAUUAUGCGUUGAUUAUGUUGGAAGCGGGAAUGGUGAUCCACAUAUGACAACAUUUGACGGAUUGAAAUACGACUUCCAAGGAUACUGUUCAUACGUACUUGUAAAAGAUUGUAACUCUCAAGGAAAGUUUGAAAUCACAGCUGAUUUCCGUGGACGUAGAGAACCGACUAAGCCCCCAACGAGAAUGAUUGCUAUCAAUAUAUCUGCUAUAGGAAUACCAACAAUACGUUUACUGGAGGACAAUUCAUUCAUGGUUGGAGGUAAACCGCAUCGUGGUGGUGACUUUUACUCUGAAUUUGCGUCUGUGACUCCAAGCGGACAUAAUGUCAUCGCAAGGCUAACUGACCCCAACUUAUCAGUUGUUUGGAAUGGUAAACCUCACAAAGUGCAAGUAAUGUUAGACGAUAUAGAAUUACCUGGUACCGUAUGUGGGUUGCUGGGUAACGCUGAUGGAGAUACUACUAAUGACUUCAUCAAACCAGAUGGCGAUAUAGCUACGAGUGCCGAGGAGUUCGGUAAUAGCUGGGCUGUACACGGCAGCUGCCCAUGAGGAGUAAUAUGCAGAUAAACCUACCCUGUCAUAUAACCUAGCCAUGGCUGAGAAAGGGGAAUCUUCGAAUAGUGAAUUGAGAUUUGAUGAGGUUAUCUCUAUUUGUUCGAUUUUCGGAUUAUAUAACUGACCUAGUUUCAAUUGAUAUUUAGCAUGCAUGGAUUAUAAGGUUUAAUAAUUGUUCAAAACUGUAACUGUGAAAGUGGAAGAAUAAAUAUGACACGUCGCAUU